GUGGUCCAUCCUGUCACUAGAGGAUCUGUGCAGCCCGGGACUCGGAGCUCCAGCAGGUCUGCGGAGGAUCGGGAUGCUCUUCACGUCUUCCUCCUCUUGCCCACCGACUCAGACCGUAACCUCCCGAGCCACCGCCGCUGUCUCCUGAUCCGGACCCGGCUAACACCCGGUCCAGCUCUCCCGUUUGGAACCGGAUCCUUUUAUAACCCGGGAUAAAAACGGUGCGUUAUGUGAGGGGGGACGCUGCAUGGGCACGAGGCGGGGGUGUUUAUGUUCUGUGGGUUUUUUUGGACACCGCGGGCGUGCGUUUGUUUAGGAAAUAGCCUACUACAAAAUAAAAGCGGAAUACUUUGGAUUAAAACGCUCUAGACACAAUAACCCGACAUGAGGAUUUAUUUAGACCCCGUCUGAACGUUUGGAGAGGCUGCACGCUCCGGCAGCGCGCGCCUGUACAGCUUUGAUAUCUUUUGGACAUUCCUGUCGGUAUUUACCUGUAUGUGUGUGUGUGUGUCCGCUCACCUGUGAGGACACAUGUCUCAGAUGCACCACGCGGCUCUGGACCAGCACCAACAGCAUCAUCCGGGCCAGUACAACCAGAUCUGCACCGCGCACAGCAGCGGCGGCGGCUCGUGCGCGGGGACAGAGCCGUGCCGCCCCGGCCAGAGGAGCCGGUCCCCCCGCAGGAAGUGGCAGCUGUUCCCGGGGAGGAACCGGUUCUACUGCGACGGGAGGAUCAUGAUGGCGAGACAGACCGGGGUGUUCUACCUGACCCUGGUCCUCAUCCUGCUCACCUGCGGCCUCUUCUUCGCCUUCGACUGUCCCUUCCUGGCGUCCAACCUGUCCCCGGCCAUCCCGGCGGUAGGCGGCGUCCUCUUCGUCUUCGUGAUGGGGAUGCUGUUCAGGGCCAGCUUCACCGACCCCGGCGUCCUGCCCCGCGCCACCCAGGACGAGGCCGCCGACCUGGAGAGGCAAAUCGAGUCGUCCGGCUGCUCCCGGCCGCCGCCGCGCACCAGAGAAGUCGUGAUCAACGGACAGACGGUCAAACUGAAAUACUGCUUCACCUGCAAGAUCUUCCGGCCGCCGCGGGCGUCACACUGCAGCCUCUGCGACAACUGUGUCGAGCGCUUCGACCAUCACUGCCCCUGGGUGGGCAACUGCGUCGGCCGGAGGAACUACCGCUUCUUCUACCUGUUCAUCGUCUCGCUGUCCUUCCUCACCGUCUUCAUCUUCGCCUUCGUCAUCACACACCUCAUUAUCAGAUCCAACCGGGCGGGUUUCCUGAGCGCGCUCAAAGACAGUCCCGCCAGCGUCCUGGAGCUGGCGGUGUGUUUCUUCUCCGUCUGGUCCAUCGUGGGUCUGUCGGGGUUCCACACCUACCUCAUCAGCUCCAACCAGACCACCAACGAGGACAUUAAAGGCUCCUGGUCCACCAAGCGAGGGAAGGAGAACUACAACCCGUACAGCUACGGAAACAUCCAGACCAACUGCUGCGCUGCUCUGUGUGGACCUGUGCCCCCCAGUUUGAUUGACAGAAGAGGUCUGAUCCAAUCAGACACACCGCAGACUGUCUCCCAGGGUAACGAGACGGCCAGCCACGCCUCCACCUGGCUCCACAGUCGCACGUGUGAUCAGGAUCAGUGCAUCCAGAGCACCAAGUCUGUCCUCCAGGCUGCAGCGACGCCGCUGCUCCACACCAACCCCGUCGUCCUAGCUCCUCUACCGGGGAAGCCUGUGUCCCUGGGGGGACCCUGCGCCUACCUGGCCCCCUCCCAGCCCUCGCUGCCGUCCUGCGGAGGGGGCGGGGAUGUCCUGACCCUGGGGGAUGCCUCUGCAGACUCCCACUGCCACCACCACCACCACCACCAGCAUCACCACCAUCACCACCGCCACCACUUUGUGAGUCCGGAGGAGACGCCGUGCUCCACGCCACAGGGCGCCCUGCCAUGCCCCGCCCACCUGCACUCACACGUCCCCUGCCCCGCCCCCGCCAGUCUGUACAGUCCCGCCAGUCGGGAUGCUCUGCACGAAGACUCUGUCAGAGGGCUGGUUAAACUCAGCUCCGUCUGAACCAAAACAUUUCCUUAAUUUCACCCAUUCACCCUGGACCCUAUUUUGGGGUGUUUGUGUGUGUGUGUGUGAGUGUGUGUGUGUGUGUGGCUCCACCCCCGUCUCAGAAGUCAGCGUCCAGCCUGAAGGUGUUGUCUGUGGAGCCCGACAUCACGCCCAUCCUCUGGUACUCGCCCACUCGCUUCUCAAAGAAGUUGGUCUUUCCCUCCAGAGAGAUGUUCUCCAUGAAGUCGAAGGGGUUCUCCGCCCGGUAGAUCUACAGACACAACACACAA